AUGGAGACUAUCGAUACAAAUGUCAAUGAUAGUCCUGUUUAUGAUUUCGGUAUUGGUAUAAAAUAUUAUCAAUGUCCUGUCGAUUUUAUACAAGCGCCGCCAGAUACUGUAACACCACCAAAUACUUCAACAACAAAUGGUCCAAUAAAUGCUUCAACAACAACAGGUACUUCAAUAACAAAUAGUCAAACAAAUGCUUCAAUUUUACAACAUAAUGAAGUUAAACUUAUAAUUUUUGGAAUAUGUAUUGGGUUGAGUAUUGGUAUCGUCAUUAUGAAGGUGUUGAUUUAA